AUGAAAGAUUAGGGUUUAUCUUUCUUUAUUCGUUUUUAAUCAUUGAACGUUUUAGGUAUGGUUUUUCAUUUACAGAAAAGACUAUGAUGAUGAUGAUAGAUGAUACUCAUAAAUAAUAACUGCGGUAGAUUUCAUUUGAUCAAAAUCUAGACUUCCAAUCUCAUCUCAUCUCAACUACCCUGUCGGCAUUUGGGAUUUUGUAUAUUUAAUCUCUGAUACAAAAGAUACCAUUUGGAAUACAAUAUCAAUAUAUUAUAGCCAAGAAGCACCUCUCUCUUCUCUCUCCGUCUUUAUCUUUUGGGGUUUGGGCGUUGUGGUCUAUAUUAUAAGAGGUAUUCUUUUAGUCUUGCACAAGCACUGCAAGCAGAAGCAAGCUCCAUUUUCAUGGUGGCUGCAUUAGUAUUAGAACUAGAAUUAGAAUAAAUAUUACAGCAGAAGCCAAAAGAAGUGGAUCUGAGGCAAAAUGGGGAUAGAUCCGAGGCAGAUCGUCGCAGGGGUGCUUACAGUCACCAUGUUUCUAAUGCUUGGUAACAUGAUUAAGCGCGAUCACUUUGAUGCUCCCAUUUCUCACCAUGUGAACCACGCAGGAUCGACUCAACAUUUUGAUGACAAUAAUGAUUCGGAGCAGAGCUUUGCACUUAGCAAUGGUGGCGAUGGCCCUUGGAAGGAGGAAUCCGGUGGACUCAAGCGUUGUUGGUCUAAGCCAGACUCAGAAGAGGUAGAAGAAUCCAAAGGAUUUGUCACUUUCUCCUUAACCAAUGGACCUGAAUAUCAUGUCUCCCAGAUUGCUGAUGCAGUGGUAGUCGCAAGAUACCUAAAGGCAAAUCUUGUAGUUCCAGACAUUAGAGGAAGUGAACCUGGUGAUUGGAGAAACUUUGGAGACAUUUAUGACAUUGAGAAGUUUGUAAAUAGCCUGGAUGGAGUGGUGAAAGUAGUGAAAACCCAACCUUCAGAGUUAUCAUCAAAGAAUCUUGCUGUUCUAAGGGUUCCUAAUCGAGUCACAGAAGACUACAUUGCAGAAAACAUUGAACCUGCUUUUAGAAGCAAAGGCAAUGUAAGGAUAGCAACAUACUUCCCUUCUGUGAACAUGAAAAAGUCGAAAAUCCAACAAGACAACUCAAUCGGAUGCUUGGCCACAUAUGGAACACUUGAGCUUCAACCAGAUGUUCAGGAAGUGGUUGACACAAUGGUUGACCGACUUAAAACCCUAAGUCGCAAAUCAGAUGGACAAUUUGUAGCAGUUGACUUGAGGCUUGACAUGUUAGACCACAAGGGUUGUCAAGGAAAUAGUGCUGGAUCAAAGAAAUGUUAUAGUCCACAAGAGAUUGCAUUGUUUUUAAGAAAACUUGGUUUUGAUAAAGAUACUGCUGUAUAUCUGACUCAAUCAAGAUGGGAUAGCAGCCUUGAUGCUUUAAAAGACCUCUUCCCCAAAUCUUACACAAAGGAGGGAAUAAUGCCAAUGGACAAGAAGUCAAAGUUUCUUGAAUCAGAAUAUGAGAAGGUGAUUGACUUCUACAUAUGUUCACAGAGUGAUGUAUUUGUUCCAGCAAUUUCAGGUUUGUUUUAUGCAAAUGUUGCUGGAAAAAGAAUAGCAACAGGAAAGACUCAAAUACUUGUUCCUGCAAAUAUUCCUCCAGCUUCUUCUGCUUCUGUUGCCAAUUAUGUCUCACGUUAUGUUUCAAAGAAGAAUCACAUGGCCUAUUCAUGUUUCUGCUAGUUUGAUUUUUUUUUUCUUCUUCUUCUUAAAAUAUAGUGUUCAAAUGUGAUUGUUUUCAAUUUAUGUAAUGUAACUAUAACUAUCUUUUUUUUUUGUUACAUUCAAACACUUUUUUGUG